CUAGAUAGCACUUCGCGUACGUUCCGCGUCCGCGAACAGCGGCGCGCUUCGUUUCGUUCCACCGAUUGUGCAAAGUACGUACGCGCAUAUCGCGCGUAUGCAGUAGAAAAAGAGGGGGACAGGCGGAGAGAAAGAGAGACAUGACAGCUACAAUAUUGCGAUUGUAUUGGUGAUUAAUCAAAGGCCUCGCGAAAAUGGCCGAUGGACGCGAGUCACGGGUGUUUUCCACGAAGAGUCUGUACGAGUUGAGCGUGUCCGCGGUAGCGGACAAGUUAUCCAGCUACAAGCCGUAUCUUACUUAUUUGCCCGAGAAUGUGCUGUUCGAUAUCUACUAUCAGUUGUACAGAGAGAAGAGACUAUGCCUGCUGGGGAUGGAAUUGAGCGACUUGGAGACUUUCUCCAAGAUCCUCAAGGUCACCAAUCGCCGGAUACACCUCUUGCAAACCUUCCAGGCUUUAAUGGAUCAUGGAACCAAGGUAGGAAAGGAAUUGGCGAUCAGUUAUGACGUAUGUUGCUUUCGUGUGGGGGAGAAUCCUGCUGAGCAGGAUAAGAUGAUAAAUCUAGGCUUGAGACUCGGUGGAUUUCUCAGCGAUGCUGGUUGGUAUGUGGAAAGUGAGCAAGUACUGUCCACUUGCAGGAACUUGUGUAUCGCCUCCAAUCAAACCCCUCAGAAUUGGUGCAGAACGUUAGAUUGUUGUCACAAGCUGUUACAUGCACAAGCAGCAUACUGCGCUUUUCGUGGAGCUGCAAAAACUCACGAACUUGCCGUAGACAUGAUAGAACAAUUAAAGAACGUGGGAUAUUACGAUAGCAAUCAUGCCGCACUUUUUGCAGAGUUCAGUGUACUAUUCUUCAUACGCAGCGAAUACGAUCAGGCUUACAGAUGGAGCAUAGAGGCGUUACAAUAUCUAAACUCGUCGCUACCCGCGCGAGUCGUUAUCGAUGUGCUGAGACAGGCGGCGAAGUCAUGCGUGGUGAAGCGGGAAUUUCAGAAAGCUGGCUUGUUGAUCCGAGAGGCUGUAUACCUUGCGAGAGAAGUGUUUGACACGGAUCAUCCAAAGUACAGUGACGUUCUCAUCGAUUAUGGAUUCUAUUUACUGAAUUACGAUAGCAUCAUCAAUAGCGUAUCUGUCUAUAAGACUGCACUAGACAUUAGAAAAGCGAUAUUCGGCAAGACUAAUCUCCACGUUGCAUUGGCGCACGAAGAUUUAGCUUAUGCUCUCUACGUGUAUGAAUACAGUUCCGGCAAGUUUGACGAGGCGAGCGAUCACGCUGGACUAGCUAUAGAUAUCAUAGAAAAACUUCUACCUGCGAAUCAUCUAAUGCUCGCGAGCGCUAAGAGAGUGAAGGCACUUAUUCUCGAGGAGAUCGCAAUAGAUAACGCGUCUACGCCGUUGUCCGAGCAGAGCUUGUUGUUGAAAUCCGAGUGUCUGCAUUUGUCCGCUUUGCAAUUGGCGAAAACCGCGUUCGGCGAGAAAAACGUACAGACGGCGAAGCAUUAUGGAAAUCUGGGACGCUUGUACCAGAGUAUGAGAAGAUUUCAGGAAGCAGAAGCGAUGCAUCUGAGAGCUAUUAGUAUCAAAGAAGAAUUGUUAGGUCCCGAAGAUUACGAAGUGGGUUUAAGUAUAGGGCAUUUAGCUUCGUUAUAUAAUUUCCAUAUGAAUCGCUACAGAGACGCUGAAAAGCUUUAUUAUCGUAGCAUCGCAAUAAGUUUGAAGCUGUUCGGAAAGAGUUACAGUGGUUUAGAAUACGAUUAUCGGGGGCUGCUGCAUGUAUACAGCAAGCUGGAUGAUUUUGAGAAGAUAUUGGAAUACACAGAUACGUUGACGCACUGGAGAGAACUUAGAGAUAAACAUGCUCAAUCGGAGGAUCCGCCGAUCGAUCUGCAGAAACGUCCACAGCCAAUCUCAGCCAUACUCACUCUGUUCUUUUCUAUGUGAUAUACCAAUAAGUGUGUCAUUCGAAUCUUAUGUCAUUGCAUGUCGUCGAGCAAGCUGUUGGUCUCUGUUGCGUUCGUAAGACAUUGGGCCAAAGUAGAGAAAUUGUAUAACUCACAUUAGGAAGUUUUAAAUCACUGAUCUGGUCGUACGUUUAAUGAUUGUCUUGUGUCGAUAUUUUCUAACAUGUGCGCAAAUAGCAUUGGCAUCGCAAACUAUUAUCAGCCUGAUAAUUGAAUUCAAGUGACACAAUUAUUGGAGACAUUGCAAAAGACUCGAUUUAACUUAAGAUUGCGAGUAAAUAAGGCUAGUUCAAGCCGAAACGAAGGAGGGAAAGAAGCGAGAUUAUUGUGGAAAUAAUAUGCCACGCGAGUGGCUAAACAAGAACAUUUCUAUCGGAAUGCUGUUUGAUACAGCGCUUAUAAUUAUUAUUUGCGCUCAAAUUAGCCUUACUUAUUUGUUGUCUCUUAACGCGCGAUUAUUAAAAUUUAAAUGUAAGUUCGUUAUUUAUCUUGAUUAUUGAUUAUUGAUGACGCUGCGCGAAAUAUAAAUGUUAUAUGGGGUAAUGCUUGAGUUUAAUACUUAUGUGAAAUUAGAGCAUUCUGAUCGCGUCUCUAAUUGGAUGUGUUGAAGAGAGAAAUCGCCGCGCGUAUAAAAAUAUAUAUAUUUUAAAAUAUUUUCUAUUUAUAUAUAUAUCUCACUUUAAUAUAAAAUUUUCAAUUUGUUAGUUUUUGUUCGUAUCUACAUUUUAUAUUUUACGAUGCACUUUUUGUUAACAAUUUUAUAUUUAAAGAGAACUGCCCCUCAGGUCUCGAAAACUAUUUUCUUUUUUUGUUGUGAGCGCGCUUACCGGACGCAUUUAUAAUUUAUUAAUUUUAUUGUAUAUCUCAAAAUUAUAUAGAUUCUUCAGUCCUCAAUUAUUGCGUAUUUUUUAAGUAAAAAGAAAUCAGUAUAUAUAUGCGCCUGUGUUAAUAAUAAUGUAAUUAGAAAAAUAGCUAUUAAGCCCUUAAAAUUCUGAGUAACUUGAUAAAAAAAAAGUAUUUUGUUCGUUUUAAAAAUUUGUAAAAUUUGCUAGCUAAAAACUUAAAAAUAUAAUAUAUAAAUUACAAAGCUACAUAAAUAUAAUUUUUGUGUAUCUCAAGCAUUUUGUUCCUAUAUAAAUAUAAUAAAGUACGAAUGAUUAAAUUAAAUUAUCGAUGCGUUAAUGUCUUCAAAUUGAUGAAAAUAUUUCGAGUAACUAAAGAUAAUAUAUAUAAAAUACAAUUUACGCUAAUUAUUUACAAAUGUCUAUCAAAUGUUAUUGAAAUUUAUGGAAGUAUUGAAUCUAUUACUUUUAAAUAUUAAGGAUUUCUUUAAGAACAUUAGAUAUGUGCAGGAAGUUUUUUUUUUAUAGCAGCUAUAGCAAGAUAAUACUCACCUAUCGUAAACUUAAUAUUAUUCUCGUAGGAAUAGAAAAUUAAAUAAUAAUAGUAAAUCCGAUUGCGCGUUUUAUCGGUAAUUAAAAUUGCAGACUCGGUUAUUACCGUUCAAUACGUUAAAAACAAAAUAAGUGUAGAUGUAAGAUUAAACGUAUGAGAGAACUUGUUGACAAAUGCGUAGAAAGUAAAUUUAUGCAAAGUUCUAUUUAACAAAAAUCUGCCGACUCUCAUUUACAUCAAUAAUUAAGAUAAGUCGUUGUAAUAUAAAUACGAUCUCUUUUGGAUAACUCACAUACAUUCAAAAGCUUUAAUCUGUUUAAAUUACAAUAACCAUUAGAGAUAAUACAUAACUUUAUAUUUACACGAUAUUUGCUGUGUAUCACUCCAAUUUUCAGGUAAUAGGAAUCUUAUCUAAACCUCACUCACUCACUCUCUCUUUCUUACACUAUCAUCAACGUUUCUAACUCUCUCUACAAAUAAAGGAGAGUCAUCGUUACUCAAAUUUAUAAUCAGUACGUCAGUUGAGGUAUGCCAAUCAGUGACCGCUUAAUUACCAAACUGAUAUUGCACAUCUCACUGAACUGCAUUAAGAAAUUCCAUAACUUUAGAACAUUUAGUCAGGUGUAUGUGGAGGUUCUUGGCUGAAAUACGGUGCGGUAUCUUGCACUAAUAAAGUAUGACAAACAUCA